AUGACAGCUUCAAGUCGGGGUGGACGGGCCGUUAAGGCUGUGCUAUCCACUUCUCCCAACGUCUGCGCCCGAUGCGCAUCCUCACCUUCCGCUCUACCUAGAAUCCCAGGACGCCUCUACUCUUCCGUCGCUGCAGCCGUAGCCAAAACCCCAACCGAUGCCACUCCCCCCUCAACCGCACCGAAGUCGCCGCCAUACGAUGUCCGCUCCGGAGUGAUUCUUACUCGACCACCGCUGGUGACACGAAAACUUCACCCCUUCGAGAAUGCUUUCUUCUUCUACCAGAAGCGUCUUGAGGAGCGUCUCAAUACCCCCUUCAUCACGAGUAUCUACUUCAAGCCUGAUACAGCUCGACGUUUAGACUGGAACAUCAAGGUCGAGGAGCGACAAGGCACAGUGGCCAAGGAGUUGGGUGUUUACCAUGGCAAGAGCUCCAAGGCAUGGGAUGAUGAGCUUAAGGUCGGCGAUGAGCUGAGCAACCAGGAGACCAUCGUCAAGUCUCUGUUGAAGGAUGCUGAGGCGCGUGUCAGUGAUGAUGCUGAGGUCAUUGCUGCGGAUGAUGUUGUUCCUGUUGAGCCUCCUGCGGAUCGUGUUACAGAGGCUGAUAGUAAGGGUGAUGUCCGAAGACUGGACCGUCAGCUUGACCGAACUCUGUAUCUUGUGGUUAAGGGCAAGGAUGGAUGGGGCUUUCCCGCGGAUGUGAUUCCCAAGGAGGAGAACCUUCACGAGUCCGCCAAGCGAGUUCUUGACCAGACUGCUGGCGUUAACAUGAACACCUGGCUCGUGAGCCGCAUACCAGUCGCUCAUGUCGUCUCUCGACCCAAGCUCAGCAAGGAGGGUGCUGUUGAGAAGAAGGGUGAAAAGACGUUUUUCAUCAAGGGUAGAAUAAUGGCAGGCCAGGCUGAUCUAAAGGAUAACCCCUUUGGCUAUACUGAGUUCAAGUGGUUGACUCGCGAAGAGUUGGAAAAGGAGCUGCCCAAGGCGUACUACAAGGGUGUGCGCAACAUGAUGACUGAUCGGUAA